AUGCCAACCACACCACUCUCUUUUGCUCUAAUCCAACUCUGGAUCGCCGACCCAGCGCUGCCAUGGUCCAAUCCGGUAUGGCAGUCUCUAACACACGUUCCUGGCGACCCGUGGGCGUACGGCCAUGGUAGGGGUGUAAGCCAUGUUGCUGAAUGGACAGUGGACGAGGCUCAGGCAGUCGAAGCCUUCAUGAACAAGUGUAGGACGGCUGCGGAUCUUGCAGAACACGCUGUGAAAGGGAAGGAUAAAGACCAUGAAGGUCGUACCGCGUGGAAUGCCUGGGUUCAGACGUCAUGGGCUAAAUGGAACAUCAACAAACUGGUCGACCGCAUCUUAGAAGAAAGUGGUUGUGAACCGCAUGUCGUUAUGGCAAGGUUGAAGUGCAAGAUCACGGACGAUUUUCCGACGAUGGAAGCUACGCAGUUAAAGCAUGUCAUUUCCGUCAAACUGGCCGAUGCAUUGUUUGGUGACGAUGCAUUCACCGACGGAACUUUCAUUGUGCCAUCCAUCAUGACGUUUAUCACCACAUUGUUGGUAUUGUCGUGGAGCAGGCAUCGGAAGGUUAUCAAACGGCAGGUCGACAGUAUCGAGAAGCAGGGUCAGGAAAUUGAGGAGCAAUGGCUAGUUAUGACGGCCGCAAACUCAAAACUUACCUUGGUCAGCAUCCGCGCCUACCUGAAGAGACUGGAAUCCUUGGUCGCACUUAUUAGCUUAUUCAAUGACCAGGAAAUGGUCGAGAACCUCAAUGCGCGUCGUGAACAAGUCAAUGCGAUGCUGACUGCUGCUGAGAAAUAUCCCAUCGAGGCGGAAUCCAUAGCAUACAUCACACAUCAAACUACAAACGUCCACACCUCAGUGAUGAAGUUUCUGAGCCGGACAGGAAAAAAUCGCGUUAUGAAGCUGGUGCAAGUUCCUCUGUCAAGUAUAAACAUUUCUGACAGGAUUUUCGGUUUCUUUCUGCGACUCCGUAUCUCGGCCCAGUUUACGGUUGCCGGUACUAUUUGUUUCCUCGUGUUAUUGUAUCUUAUAGAUUCUUGA